CCCAGGUUUCCGGGGGGAAGGGAAUAAGCGUGGCACCCGUCGUGCCCGGGAGCAGGAAGGGCCCAUGAGCGCCGCACUCCUGGUGGGCUACAGCAGCAGCAGCAGCAGCAGCGGCUCAGAAGGCGAGGAUGGGUCCGGGCCCGGGCCCAGGCCCGAGCCCGGUGCAGAGCCCGAGGAGGGCGGCAGCCGUGGAUGUCGCCAUCCUCCAUCUCCUCCUCCUCUCCCUCGGCUGCCCAUUCCAGACAGUGUCUUGAACAUGUUUCCAGAUCCAGAAGAUGGGAUUGUGGAUGACAUUGAAAAACAUGGUGGCAGAAUACGAACCUUCCCCCAUGAAAGGGGUAUUUGGGCCACCCACGUUUGGGUGCCCUAUGAAGCAAAGGAAGAUUUUUUUGACCUGCUUGACCUUCUCAUGACCCAGGCCCGGAGGGUACUGCCCAGGCUGGUAAAGAUGGAGGAGUUCCACGUCAGUCUGUCACAGAGUGUGGUCCUGCGGUAUCACUGGAUCACGCCCUUCGUGCAGUCCCUGAAGAGCCGCAUGGCCUUCUUCCACAGGUUCUUGUUCACAGCCAACCAGGUGAAAGUUUACACAAACCAAGAGAAGACGAGGACCUUCAUUGGGUUAGAGGUUACUGCGGGGCAUGCUCAGUUCCUAGACUUGGUCUCAGAGGUGGACAGAGUGAUGGAGGAGUUUGACCUGGCGACUUUCUACAAGGAGCCUUCCUUCCACAUCAGCCUGGCCUGGUGUGUUGGAGAUGUACAAUCUGAGCUGAAGGAGCAGGCCAUCCAGGGGCUGCAGCUUUCCUGAUGCAGUGGGAACUCUCUCCUUGGAGACAGAAGACCUUGGUUUGAAUUCUAACUGCGCUACUCACCACCUCUGCAACCUUAGGCAAGUCAGAACAUCUCUCUGCUUCAGUUUCCCUAUCCAUAAAAUGACCUCUAAUCAGCUCUUAGCUGCUUCCCAUAAAACGCUGGUAAAGCAAGUAAGGUAAGAAGCGUUAUGGAUCUCCAUUUUACAGAUGGGAAAACCAUAGGGUACCUAAUUAGCCCAAACAAAGGUCAAACAGUGGGAGAACUUUCAUCUGUUGAUAUCUAGCCUGGUGUGUCUGCCAUAUUGCCUCCAAGUCCUGGCCAGGGCAUUUUUUUUUUUUACUCAGCAGUCUUUCAGACAAUGUGGAGGUGUUUGCUCCCCGGUACUCGCAGAUGGAGCGCCCAACUUUGUUUCAUGAAUCAUUGUCCUUCAUCAGGUCUCCUCCCGCCAUCUUUUCAGAAUCUGGCGCCGCUCCCUGUGCUGAUGACAGCUCAAGGUUAGCUGGUUACCAGCCCUUCUCCUCGGGCUUGUGCUGGAGGGGGAGGAGCUGCUUGUGUUUUCUAAACUUCGAGGGGAGCCAAGCCUGCCUGAUUUCCACAGUGAAAGUCACAGCUGUAGAAAACCCCAAACGAAGGGGGACAAGCCUAGUCCCAGUGCACCGUUUUGUUGGAUCCAGACCCAGCUGGUUGCCCUGUUGCUCCUUCACCAUCUGGAUAAAACCAGUGUCUGACAAUUCAUUGAUGCUGGUGUUUUUCCACAGUCACUUGUAGGCAAUUACUGGGAACACACCGUCUGCAGAAGACAAAUACACUUAGAGUGUUCUAGGAAACCAGUCCCUUUGGAGAGCUCUGCCCAAUGUUAUUAGGCAUUUCCAUUAACAACCCCAAGAAUGGAUUUUACUAAUCAAAUUUGGGAAGGAUGUGGGACUGGAAGCCCAGCUGUGCUGAAUAGGGAAUUAGAAUGCAGCAUGACUUUGAGAAAUGGGCCAAAAUCAAUACGAUGAAAUUCAAUGGUAGAAUGGAAAGGAGCUGAUAGAGCAAGGAAAUCGGAAAUUCACUGAGAGAUGGGGAGGGUGGCUGGGCAGAAGAAUGACAGAGAAGCAGUGGGGGAGCUUGGCUUGUGCCCAGCCCAGGGGACCUCUGCAAGAGACAGGAUUUGGGGCUCGUCAGCUUGCAGUUGAGGAAAAUAAAAAGAAUUCUAGUCUCAGUUGAAACCCAUUGGGUUCCCAUCAGGAUCACUGAGCACCUGUGGAAAGUGAAGAAAAAGAAAGGGACAUCUUAACCUGCUGACUUAUCACAAAAGAAAAAGAAAAUCUUCAGUUAUAUAAUAGCCAUUUGACAGUCCUCAGAACCUCUUUGGUAUUUGUAUAAAAAAAAAAACAACUAAAGACCAAAAAGAAACUACAAAAUAUCUUCA